GAUGUUCACACACCCUAACAAUUUGCGUGACUUCGAUUUGCUAAUGCUUUUAGGCGGCAGAACAAUCAAAAUAGGGGGUAGACCACAUGGCUCAUUAACAUAUAUGUUAAAGACCCUCGGCAAAUUAGAGAUUUACUUGAAAAUGAAAAUAUCACUUCGCCUGUCAUUCUGCUGCGUCACUGUUCUCGUGUCCUCCUACUCGCAUUAAUUUGUUAAAAUUAACUGUUAGCUUAAACAUUAUUAUAUUGGAUUGAUAACUUCUAUAAUUAACUGAGGAUUUCUAAUGUCACUUCAUCGUUCUUCUAAUGGACCUCCACCAGCGAAACCACUUGUUGCAUUGCUUGAUGGUCGUGACUGCACUAUUGAAAUGCCCUUGUUAAAAGAUGUGGCCACAGUUGCUUUCUGCGAUGCUUCAUCCACCAGUGAAAUUCAUGGUAAAGUCCUUGAAGAAGCUGUUGGGGCUUUAAUGUGGCAUACCAUUUCUUUAACGCGCGAGGACCUUCAGAAAUUCAAAUCACUAAAGAUUAUCGUGAGGAUUGGCAGAUGGUGGAGAAGAUUUGUAGCUUACGUGGAUGAUUUUGAUGGAAUUAUGUUCUUUGAGCUAGAUGGUUUGUUUGUGGAGCUCAGAGAACAAAACUCCACCAAGAAUUCUUGGUUCGUUGGUAAUAUUAUUUCUAUACAUAUGUUACUAAUUCUACCUAUAAAUUAAUAUUCCUUUUCAGCGGUUAUGACAACAUUGACAUAAAAGCCGCUGGGGAACUUGGGAUUGCUGUUUGUAAUGUUCCUGGAUUUGGUGUUGAGGAGUCUGCAGAUACGACACUUUGCCACAUUCUGACCUUAUACCGACGUACUUAUUGGUUAGCAAACAGCCUGCAAAUGGGCAAACGGAUUAAUGGACCUGAGCAUUUAAAGGAAGUUGCAAACGGGUCUGCUCGAAUACGACGUGAUACUCUUGGGAUAGUUGGUUUAGGCCGAGUUGGAACAGCUGUUGCAUUACGAGCCCAAGCUUUUGGAUUUCAUGUGACAUUUUAUGAUCCUUAUCUUCCAGAUGGGAUCGAACGAUCAUUGGGUAUCGAACGUGUUUACAGUCUUCAAGAUCUACUAUUUCAAAGUGAUUGUGUCACUUUGCAUUGCUCACUUAAUGAGCAAAAUCGCCAUAUGAUCAAUGAGCAUACAAUAAAGUUAAUGAGACCGGGUGCAUUUUUAAUCAAUACUGCUCGAGGUGGUUUAAUUGAUGAAGUAGCCCUUGCUGCUGCACUUAAGGAAGGUCGAAUACGUGCUGCAGCAUUGGAUGUAACAGAGACAGAACCAUUUGUUUGGAGUAAUAGUGCUUUAAAAGAUGCUCCAAAUCUUAUUGUAACACCUCAUAUGGCAUUUUACAGUGAAUCAAGUAUGCGUGAAAUGCGCGAGGCAGCUGCAAAUGAAAUCCGAAGAGCUAUUUUAAAUCGCAUACCAGACUGUCUUCGAAACUGCGUCAACAAAGAAUUUAUGCCCAAUGGUGGUUCGUCAUUAUUUUCUCACGGUUGUUCCAACAAUAGUCUAUCCAAUAAUAUCAGUAAUAAUCCCCUGGUUAAUAACAAUCAUCUGUCUCUUGGAGCAGGUAUACCUGGUGUUAAUGCCCUCAAUAGUAGUGUGGCUUCAGGAUUAGAAAACGCCGCACGUGGUUUGCAUCCAGCAGCUGCAGCUGCCGCGUUCGGUCUCUCAGCAGGUCUUUUCUCUUCUGCCGCGGGUGGAGGUUGUGGUCUUGGGGUAGGUGCUAACAGUCUCCCCUUCCCUGCUAACCUAAUUGGUGGAUCAGGGAUAGGUCUGUCAAAUGCCGGUGGUGGAGGUAUUCUCACCAACAGUGGUGGUCCAACAACAAUCCCAGCCCUCCCUCCCCCUCCUGCCGUUGCUGCGGCCGCCGCAGCCCAUCUAGCUGGCCUUCCUCCUGUCUCAGCGUACGCCAACUUCUUUCCUCCCGGAUUAGCCGCUGGUUUAGGCCUUCCUCUCCCUCCUCCUCACGCUGCAUCUUUGGCUGGCGUAACCGGAUCCUUAGGAGGUACAACGACUGGGUCUUCAACGAGUGCAACCUCAGGCAAUUGUACUAAUAAUUCUACUUCAGGCUCAGGAGGCCAGACAGUCAGUUCCCCCUCACCUGCAACCAGCGGUUGUAUCCCUGGUGUAUCCAGCAGUACUUUCGAUAGCGUACAUGCCAGGCUUGCUGCCGCCGCCAGUCUUGUUGCUUCGGGUCUAAAUCCGAGAUCUUCAUGAUACUACACUUUUCUUAUCAAAAUUAAUCAAAAGGUGUAAAGUGAACAAACUAUAUAAAUGUUUUGCUAACUUUGAACUAUAAGGGGAUUUAUUAAUCCUAUCUACCUACCAUGCGUAUGUGUAUCGCAUGUGUACUUCAUGCAUUAAUAAAAUGUUGUGUUAUGAUUUAUUUUUUUAAAUUAAAAAUUUAUACAUCUCAGUGUAUUGGAGUU